AUGGAUAAAGAAUGCAUGACAUUUUGUUCUAUGUACUUGCGUGGUAUUGAGACAAGAUUCAACCAACAAGAAAGAAAUUAUGAUGGAUGUCAAGCAGAGUUUGGUGGUGAGUUUUCAGUUUUCACACAAAAGGCAAGACCUCUAGGAGCUUCAACUUACGAUAUGUUGUCAAAAUCUGAUUUCAAAAAGGUUCAGUGGUAUGUGCUGAAUAAUUGUCGGGAAAUAGAUGCUCAUUUGACUGCACAUAGGGAGGAGCAUGAAAGAGAAAGCCAUAUUAAUGUACAACAGAAGUAUGAACAAAAUUUUGCUUCUUGGUUUGGAAAAUGUGUUGCACACAUGCGUGAGAUUGGUUUUCUUGGAUCAACAAAUAAACUCUAUGUACUAAGGUUAGGUCCUGAUCGUCGAAUCACAAGAUAUAAGGGUAUAGUUGUGAAUGGGGUUAGGUUUCAAACCAAAGAACGUGACGGAUGUCGACGUACACAAAAUAGUGGUAUUUUUGUUAAAGGAGAGGAAACUGAAUUUUAUGGUAUAUUAGUUGAUAUUAUUGAGCUACAAUACUGCCAUGGAAAUCGAGUUUUUCUAUUCAAGUGUGAUUGGUGGGACACUAGCAACAAAAAGACUAGAAUAAAGAAAGAUGGUCACUUGACAAGUGUCAAUAUAUCCUGCAAAUGGUAUAAAGAUGACCCUUUUGUGCUAACGACUCAAGCAGAACAAGUCUUCUACAUCAAUGACAUAAAGAAUGGUGGUACAUGGCAAGUAGUGCAAAAGACAUGCCCUAGAAACUUGUUUGAUGUUUCAGAGAAAGAAGAAAAAGAAGAUGGUGAUGACGAUGUUGAAGUGUUGAUUUUCAAUGAUGAGCCCUAUAUAUCAGCAAUUUGUGCCUAACGAUCCUAAUGAAGUUGAACAAGUUGAUGCUAGAGGUCUGAGCCCGUUGAAUCGAACAGACGUAUACUCAGACCAUGUUGAUGCCGAUGUCAUACUUUCAAUGGGAAGCUCGUCUUUGUUGGAUGAUGAUUUUAUCAAUGAUGAGGUCGACGAGGAAGAUGAUACCAUGAUUGAUUACAACACUGAUGACUGCAGCGAGAAGGAAGAUGUCAAGGAUAGUGAUAAUGAUAGUGAUGAUGAUAGCAACGAUGAUACUUAUUAAUAGAAGAUAGCAUGAUAUGACUUAAUUUUGAUAAUUUUUUUGACAUUUAGUUUUGUGAUAUUUGGAGUUGAUUGUUUAUUUUAGAAACUUAUUUGCUCAGCAAUGAUUCAAUGCUUAUAUUAGAUGAAAUUAGUAGGUCGAAGAACAUAGGUAAGCAAUCAAAUUUAUGUUCAAUGAAUGAUGAGAUUUUAGUCAAUUUAUGCUAUUA